CUGCAUAUUGCCGUAUCCCCACCGUUAUUGUUAAUCACGCGAAGCCUAAUCCGCUAAAAUCUUAGCCAAAAUAGCGCGAAAAUCGGUUUUGCGCUGCGCGUGCGGCGGGGUGGGCCCAGGUGAGCGUCAGUCCGCGCCGCGAUCUCCCGCCGAAAGGGAUCCGUGUACGUGACACGCCGCGAAAUUUCGAUAGCGUUUUGAAAAUCGUCGAUUCGUUUUCUUUGUAAAAAGAAUUUUAAGAAAAAGAAAAAAACGAACAAAAAUCGACAGGUUUCGUUGUUAAGGAAAGAAAAAAAUGAGAUAUCUUCGCCUCGACGACUAGGAGUACGGUUAUGGUUGUAGAUAAAAGGCAGUGAUGUCUGACAAGAGAUGCGGCCUGUCGUUAUCGCCGCUUGUCUGCUGCUUCUCGCGCCCAUCACGGAUUCCUGGUGGGCGUCCGGUAGCGCUGUGAUCCUGGAUCCUCGCAUGGUGUGCAAGAAAAAUCGUAGGACACGAGGUAGACUGGCUCAGAUCUGCAGAAAUGAAACCGGCUUGGUGAAGGAGAUCACUAAGGGCGUAACCUUGGGAGCCACCGAGUGCGCCCAUCAGUUCAGGAGCCGCCGCUGGAACUGUACUACGCAGAGGCGGAGCAUGAGGAAAAUAUUAAUGAGAGAUACGAGAGAAACUGGUUUCGUGAACGCCAUAACAGCGGCUGGUGUCACCUUCUCCAUCACAAGAGCUUGUACUGCUGGGUCUCUUCUGGAAUGCUCCUGCGAAAAGGGCAUACCAAAACCUCGUCGUGGUCAUGAUCCGGUGGACCCACCGCCGACACAAGAGUCCAAGAACAAAUGGCAAUGGGGCGGAUGCAGUGACAACGUACGGUUUGGCCUCAAGAAGUCCAGAGAAUUCAUGGACAGUCGCUACAGGAAACGGAGCGACAUUAAAACUCUCAUCAAACUACACAACCACAACGCUGGGAGGUUGGCCAUUAAGAACAAUAUGAAGAUAGAGUGUAAAUGCCACGGACUUUCCGGUUCCUGUACCUUAAGGACUUGCUGGUGGAGAAUGCCUACAUUCAGGGAAGUAGGAGAUAGACUGCGUGACAGAUUUGAAGGUGCCGCUAAGGUGAUUGCCAGCAACGACGGUGACAGCUUCAUGCCAGAGAGCCCGAGCAUAAAGAAGCCAGGCAAGAAAGACAUUAUCUACUCAGAAGAGUCGCCGGACUUUUGUGCGCCAAAUUUGAAGACCGGCUCUCUAGGCACCCAGGGAAGACAGUGCAAUAUCAGCUCUGCCGGCACCGACGGUUGUGAUCAAAUGUGCUGCCGACGAGGCUACGUGGAAACAACCAUUAACGAAACGGAGAACUGCAACUGCCAAUUCAAAUGGUGCUGCGAAGUUAUAUGUGAAACAUGCAACGUAAAACGAAACAUACAAACAUGCCUUUAAUGUGAUAGAUAAUUAUGUAUUUAAUGUUUAUUAUUUUUAUUAAACAAAUUAUAAUCCCA